GGCCGCGAUGCAGCAGCAGCAGCAGCAGCGGCAGGAAUCACCACGGGGCAGCAGCAGCAGCAGCAGAGGCAGCAGCGGGCGGCGCUGAGCCGCCGUGGCCGCCGCUGCUGAGGAGAAAGCCGGCCCAGCCGCCGCCGCGUCCCGAGCCCCGCGUCCCUAUCCCCGCGCCCGGAUCCCGGCGCCCGACCCCCGCGCCCGCCUCCGCCAACUUUCACGCUGCCUCGGCGGCCCGGCCCGGCUCGACGCCAAUGGUGGAGGCCAUAGUGGAGUUUGACUACCAGGCCCAGCACGACGAUGAGCUGACGAUCAGCGUGGGUGAGAUCAUCACCAACAUCAGGAAGGAGGAUGGAGGCUGGUGGGAGGGACAGAUCAACGGCAGGAGAGGUUUGUUCCCUGACAACUUUGUAAGAGAAAUAAAGAAAGAAAUGAAGAAAGACCCUCUCUCCAGCAAAGCUCCAGAAAAGCCCAUGCACGAAGUGUCCAGCGGAAAUGCUUUGCUAUCUUCUGAAACAAUUCUAAGAACCAAUAAGAGAGGUGAGCGACGGAGGCGCCGCUGCCAGGUGGCAUUCAGCUACCUGCCCCAGAAUGACGAUGAGCUUGAACUGAAAGUCGGCGACAUCAUAGAGGUGGUAGGAGAGGUAGAAGAAGGAUGGUGGGAAGGCGUUCUCAAUGGAAAGACCGGAAUGUUUCCUUCCAACUUCAUCAAGGAGCUGUCAGGGGAGUCGGAUGACCUGGGCGUUUCUCAGGAUGAGCAGCUCUCCAAGUCAAGUUUAAGGGAAACCACAGGCUCCGAGAGUGAUGGGGGUGACUCGAGCAGUACCAAAUCCGAAGGUGCCAACGGGACAGUCGCAACUGCAGCAAUCCAGCCGAAGAAAGUUAAGGGAGUGGGCUUUGGAGAUAUAUUCAAAGACAAACCAAUAAAACUAAGACCCAGGUCGAUUGAAGUAGAGAAUGACUUUCUACCGGUGGAGAAGACUAUUGGAAAGAAGUUACCUCCAGCCACAGCAACUCCGGAGCCGUCAAAGCCAGAAAUGGACAGCAGGACAAAGACCAAGGAUUACUGCAAAGUAAUAUUUCCAUAUGAGGCACAGAAUGACGAUGAAUUGACAAUCAAAGAAGGAGAUAUAGUGACUCUCAUCAAUAAGGACUGCAUUGACGUGGGCUGGUGGGAAGGAGAGCUCAACGGCAGACGAGGAGUGUUCCCUGAUAACUUCGUGAAGCUACUUCCACCUGACUUUGAAAAGGAGGGCAAUAGACCCAAGAAGCCGCCUCCUCCGUCCGCUCCUGUCAUCAAGCAAGGGGCAGGCACCACUGAGAGAAAACAUGAAAUUAAAAAGAUACCUCCUGAAAGACCGGAAACGCUUCCAAACAGAACAGAAGAGAAAGAAAGACCAGAGAGAGAGCCAAAACUGGACUUACAGAAGCCCUCCGUUCCUGCCAUACCGCCCAAAAAGCCACGGCCACCGAAGACCAAUUCUCUCAGCAGACCGGGGGCACUGCCCCCCAGGAGGCCCGAACGACCAGUGGGUCCCCUGACCCACACCAGGGGUGACGGUCCAAAGAUAGACUUGGUGGGCAGUUCGAUAUCUGGCAUCCUGGACAAGGAUCUCUCGGAUCGCAGCAAUGACAUCGACCUAGAAGGUUUUGACUCUGUGGUAUCAUCUACUGAGAAACUUAGUCACCCAACCACAAGCAGACCAAAAGCCACGGGGAGGCGGCCUCCGUCCCAGUCCCUCACCUCCUCUUCCCUUUCAAGCCCUGAUAUCUUUGACUCCCCAAGUCCCGAAGAAGAUAAAGAGGAACACGUUUCGCUUGCACACAGAGGAGUGGAAGCAUCAAAGAAAACUUCAAAGACUGUUACCAUAUCCCAAGUGUCCGACAACAAAGCAUCCCUGCCGCCCAAGCCAGGGACCAUGGCUGCAGGUGGUGGUGGUGGGCCAGCCCCUCUGGCCUCGGCAACAUCCUCCCCCCUGUCAUCCUCUUUGGGAACAGCCGGACACAGAGCCAACUCCCCGUCUCUGUUUGGCUCGGAAGGAAAACCAAAGACGGAGCCUGCGGCCAGCAGCCAGGCAGCCGUGGAAGAGCUAAGGACGCAGGUCCGCGAGCUGAGGAGCAUCAUCGAGACCAUGAAGGACCAGCAGAAACGAGAAAUUAAGCAGUUACUGUCGGAAUUGGAUGAAGAGAAGAAAAUCCGGCUUCGGUUGCAGAUGGAAGUUAAUGACAUAAAGAAAACUCUUCAAUCAAAAUGAAUACUUGAUAAAUGAAAUGUCACAUUAUUCAUCCUGAGUCCAAGACUCAAAUUUUCCGCCCCAGCCAAAAUAACCUUGUGCCAAAAGAUUAAAGGUUUGCCUCCAUGUGUCCCUGUUUGAAAGAUUAGCACAGCAGUCUUGAUAGCACAACACAAAUUCCAUCCAAGAGGAGACUCUUCCCCAUGGUAUAAUCCUUGGCAUGGCACUGGUUGUGACUUAGAGCAAAUUGUGCUAAAGGCUUUUUUACUAUGAGAUCUCAUGCGAAACGAAAACUCAGGCAGUUUAGUCCAUAGUGGUACUAUUUUGAUGAUAUUUUCCAUUAAUAAAAUGUAAUUUCAGAUUAUUCGUUUACAAGCUUUAUAAUUUUAUGAUUUUUUAAAUCGUGUUUUGUCACAGAUUCUCCCAGUGUCUGUAUUACACAUGGUCCAGAGUGAGUGUCCCAUUCUUUUGCUUCAGGCAGAAAGCUGCCUCGCUUUGUGUCCCCUCUAGGAUUCUAUUACAUAUGCAAUUUUAGGUCCUUCCUGUCCCUUUCUCUGCCAGCCAACCCUGCCACCCUAAGAUAAAUUUUAGCUUAUAUAUGAUGGUAUAUUUACAAAAAAGAGAAAGAGAAAACCUGGUAUUUGCAAUGAUCUGUGCCUUCUUUUUACCACCCUCUUGAUUGGAGCUUUUGUGAUGCAGCUACCAUGAUUCAAAAACAAAAAAAACCAAAAAACAAACAAAACAAAACAAAAAAAACAACCUUUUUUUUUUAAGCCACUUCUCAAAGUCCACUAGAGGCCACUGUCUUCAAAGCUUCUCUCACCUAGCCAAAGGUCCCAAGAGGAGACAGCUGUGAAGUUGGGCGCUCUCUGUGGUACCCGCUGUGACGUUUAAGUUCUCCUAGUUGUAGGUUGUUCAUGGAACUUGAAAUGUCACCCCUGCUUGAUUUUUCAUCAGCCAAGUUAAACCCCUGCUUCCUGUCCUUUGCACCUUUUGCGUGAACAGAAUAUGCAUUAUGAAAGCAAAAAUAAAUAAACGUAAAAUGCAAUGAAAACAA